GCUCUGCCCGCGCAGGUUCGAAUCCUGCCGUUCACGCCUUUGCAUUCUAUUUUUAUUUUCUUGGUCCUGAAAUCAUUUUCCGUCUCCUUCUUCAUCAGUCCAUCUCAUUCUUCUUCAUUCCUUCUCCUUCUUUUGUUCUUCAUCUUCUUACCCUCGCAUAUCUUCUCUUCUCAGGCUGCUGUUUCGUUUGCUCUCUUCUUUCUCAGGCAACUCGAGGUUCCACUUCGCUGGGUCUUUCUAAGGGAAACGAGAAACCCCAAGUUCCAUGAGUAGCGAAUCCCUCCACCGUCGCUGUAAAUUGAAACGCCAAUCUCUACCCUUCCUCUUUUGUCACAUACAAGAAAUCUAAGUCUGUCUGUACAAUCCCUCACCACACCAUUAUUAUAUCCCCUCUGCAAAUCUUUUGUUUUAUUAGACCAAAUAGAUCGCAAAGGAGUUAAGAAAUGGGGGCUGGGCGAGAAGUAGCAAUAUCACUUGAUGGAGUGAGAGGCAAGAACGUGAUGCAGUUGAAGAAGCUUAACACAGCUCUCUUCCCUGUUCGUUACAACGAUAAGUACUACGCCGAUGCUCUCGCUUCUGGCGAAUUCACCAAGCUUGCAUAUUACAGUGACAUCUGUGUCGGAUCAAUUGCUUGCCGGCUGGAAAAGAAGGAAGGUGGGGCCAUCCGUGUGUACAUCAUGACAUUGGGUGUUUUAGCACCGUAUCGUGGGCUAGGAAUUGGUACAAGGCUAUUGAACCAUGUUCUUUAUCUCUGUUCGAAGCAAAACAUACCGGAAAUCUACUUGCAUGUUCAGACAAACAACGAAGAUGCCAUCAACUUCUAUAAGAAAUUUGGAUUUGAAAUCACAGAGACAAUCAAGAAGUAUUACACAAACAUUGACCCUCCCAGACUGCUUUGUACUUACAAAGCUCACCGCUACAUCACAAGCUAAGAAAUAACAAUUAAAAGCUGGUAAUGCUAUCUAGAGGAAUUGGUUAUUGUUAUCUUAGUGAAUUUGAUCAAUUCCUAUACUUGUGGGAAUUAUUUUGACAAUAAGGAUGCUGUGAUGCAUGAAUGACAUGAGAUAUGGCGUUAAUGAUGCCAGUUAUGAUUGGUUUUUAUCUUUUGAGCUGAAAUUUUGUUAGUCUUGUUCAACACUUCGUUGGUGAAUGUGACCAUUGCCGGUUAAUGUCAUUAAAUGAUUUUGUUGCUCCAGUAAAAUACAA